AGGUAAUUUUCAUUUCUAUAUUAAUUCCAUUGGGCUGUUUCGAGUGAGAAUCAGCAGCCAAAAUGUAAAACCCAAUCAAAAAUGACUGAUUUCCUUUUGUCCUGUUAUCAACACGCAAACAUUGGAUCUGAUUGCAUAGCAUUGGUUAACCUAGCAUUGGCGGGCAGUAUUGGCAUGACGCUGGUGAUUCUGGCCUGUGCUCUACCACAGUACAACUUGUGGUGGCCAAGUUUCGUCAUAUUAUUCUACGUAUUUUCGGUGAUUCCCACGCUAAUCAUGAAGCGCUCAAUGCAAAGUGCCCUCUUUGGACCAUCAUACGUUGAUCUAUCCAUAUUUUUGACCAUGGGCUUUAUUGUCAGCUCGUUUGGAUUACCCAUCGUUCUGGAACGUUGUGGCAUUAUCAAAUUGGGCGCAUCGAUCUUGACUAUUUGCGGUAACAUAGUUGUCUACCUGACGAUCUUCGGCUACUUUUUGUUCCUGGAUCCAGACGAAACCACUUACGGCGGAAUGGCUUAAGCGUGUUUGAUUGGAUUAUGAUGUUGGUCAACGUUACAUGACAAACACACGAUUAUUAUAUACCAAAUAAAUACAUCUAGUCAAUGAAGUCUGCGAAUUUUUUUUUCAUUCAUUGUCAACGAUUUGCCAAUCAAAUGAAUAUUCACGUGAUGUAUGGAUAAACAAUUUUUUGUGUCGUAAUUUUACCCUUUUUCCAUAUUAUUAAUUAAUUUCCAAAAUAAAAUGAUAACAAUUUAAU